UUGUCAAUAUCGAUAAAAUGUAUGUCAAUAAGAAAAACCACAAUAUCUUUUAUGAUUGGUUAAAUAUAUGAUACUCUUAGUAGUUUUAAAUUUUUUAGCCAAUAAUCCAACCACUUUUUCAAUUGCGAUUGUCACAUCAUCGCUGUCGAGUGUCGGCUCAGUCUGUCAUAAUUUGACAUUAUUUGGAUCUCAUUUGUUUUUGUCUACUCUUGAUUUUCGUAAUGUUUUUAAGCAUAAAACUAAGCGUAUAUUGUUAUGUAAAUUAAAUAGCAAGUAAUAAUGCUUGAGACAGAAGAAGUUGAUGUUGAUUAUUUUACUCCGUCAACAUGUACCUCUCUUUCAAAAAUAUUUGGCAGCAGCUCCAAAGAAGAAGAUGUAUUAGAAAACAAUAAUUCAUUAAAGUUUAUUGCACCGCUACCUCCACAAGUGACUACAAAAUCUGAAGAAUCUAAGCAAACAAAAUUUCUUUAUGCAGGAUCUGUAUAUGCAUAUGAAUGGGUUGAUAAUUCAUAUGAGUUUAGAGGUAAAUUGGGCUUUGCAAUAUUCAGCAUUAUAAAUAUAGAUAUUCAUAAAAUGGUCAUAUAUAAUUCCAAUAAAACCAGUCUGUCCAGUUUGACGAUUGCGCAUGAUAUUAAAAUAAAGGUAAAUGGGAAUAUCAGUAUAUCAUACUAUGACAAUCUCCAUAAAUUUUGGAGUGUCAAUCCAUCAUCAUCCAAACUUGACGAAAUUUUAGAUAUACUGAGAAGUUUAAAUGUAAAUCUUGAAAUUGUGCCAGCUAUUGAAGAAAAAGAAAUAAAAACUCACAUAAAAGAUUUCACUGAAAAAGAUGCUACAACAAAUAAAUUAAAUGAAACUGAAAAAGAAAGUGAUACAGAUGUUGCAUUUAACAGAAAAACGAAAGAUUCCAUUUUGAAAAGAAUGGCGACUAUGGGGCAUUCUGUGUUACCACCGCCUCAUGCAGCAGCAGUUACUCAGACUAGUGAUUCCUCAGAUACAAGCAUACCACAAAAUCAGCGAAAACCCCGUCACAAGCCAAAGAUUAUGAAUAAAAAGGGACCAUCCGAAAAGAAAUCAUUAGAUACAGACAGAUUUUGUGAACUGACUAAUCAAAAUACAAGAAAAAUUCCUCCACAACCAGAGCCACAUGAAAUGUUUAAAGAUUUUCUUAACAUUGCUAGUCAAGAAAUUGUCCCUGUAAGCACUGCUAGUAUAAUUAAUCCAAAUGACAUAAGUGCUGACGCCAGUAGUGUGGGACUAAUCAUUUCUGAACAAAAAUUGAGUAAUAGUGAAUUACGAAUUAACAUGAACAGAAUGGCUGAUAAAGUAGACAUACUACUAGAUAAAGUUAAAGAUUUGGAGAUGGUUGAUAGAAGCAAAUCAACAAAUAACAGCAAUCUAUCACAAUUUCAAAAUGAAAUUGUACAAAAAUUAUUAAAUGAAUAUGAAAAGAAAAUUAAUAGAUAUGAAGAAUUUAUGAAACUGAAGGGAUUUGAUUGUGAAAAUUUUGAACUAGCAUCUCAAUCAACCUGCGAAAGAACACAGCACAGUUUAAAAACUUCUGAAAUAAAAGAAACACAGAUACAACAGUUAUGCAAUGAUAAGGAUAAAGAAAUUGUUCAACUAAGAAAAGAUUUGGAACUCUUAUCUAACAAAGCAGAACAGUUUAAAGAUUAUGAAAGAAAUUUAUUAAAAGAAAUCUGUAACUUGAAAGAUAAGUUAGAUGUAUCAAAAGAGCAUAUUCCUAAUGAAAUUAAGAAAUUGGAUGAUGCAGACAAACAAAACACUGAUAUUACAAAUAAACUUAAGCAAAUUAUGAAUGAUACAUUCCAAGCCAUAUCAGUAAAUUUUGAUGAUGAAGAAAAUUACACAGGUUCCCAAAUUAAAAGCAUUGUUGGAGUAGUUGUGAAAAAAACAACCAUAGAUUCACUUAGACAACUACAAAGUACCUAGAUUUUUCUAACUGAAUUAUUUUGUUUGAUAAUUUGCCUAGGUAUUUUCUUGGUCAUUAUAAUUCUUUCAAUAUAUUUACAAUGAACCUGUCAGCAGUAAUAUGAUUUUUAAUUAUCUGUUUAUUUAUAAUUUAUAUUAGUCCAGUUUCGAGUCUACCCACCCUGGGCAAAAGAUAAAGAAAAUAAACAGCUUACCAUUUUUUAUCCUUGCCUUGAUUGGUGGAUGGUACCUAUCAAGCAAGCUUUGAAUAUAAUUUCUAAUUAUACAAUUAGAAAUUCUGUUCAACAUAUUUUAUCAUCUCUGUUAUAAUAUUUAAUAUAUUAUUUUCUUCUUUUA